AUGCCUCCCAAGCGCUCGACCACUCCUCUCCCUCCCCACGCCCAGGCACCCAAGACCCCUAGGACGCCCCGCGGCAGCCUUGCCUCAGCCGAGACGGUCCCUCCGCCCAAGGACCUCAAGCGCCACAUAUCGCCUUGGACGGCCAAGGGCUUCCACAACCCCCGCGAUAAGGUGUUCAUGGCCGAGGAGCUCGCCAAGCUCGACGCCAACACGCGCCAGCGCAUGUGGGCCCGCUUCCCUGACUUCACCGGGAUCAACAGCGACGAGCUCAAGACAGACGUGAAGCGCCUGCACAAACGCCUAUGCGAUAUCACUAUCCAGCUCAAGACGCAGCCCCACGAGCUUGACAUGCGUGUGAUCCCUCGGGCUGACGAGCGUAACGUUCUCCACGCCCUUGCUACCCUCCAGGACCUUUGGACUCUCGCGAAGCGUGGAUAUUCUGGAAAGGCGGGAAGCGAGCCCCUCGUCCGCGUCGCUGCGGCCAAGAAAGCAGCCAAGGUCACGCCUCUUCCCGAGGCGCUUGCGGGCACCAAGAAGGCCCUCGGCGAGCUGAACACCCUGGCCGCCACAAAGGGCUCCCUUGCUGUUGUGCACCGUGUCAUUGACGCCAUUAUCGCCCUGUACCCGUGGCAGAACAGCACGUGCCUUUUCCGCACGCCCAAGGACGGCAUUCACGAGACGGAAACACUUCUCUGGCUGGUGCUCUCCGAGACGUGCGCCACGGUCGGCGACAAGCUCCAGGACGAGGACCGCGAGGCAUGGUACGACCUCUGCGGCGCGUGCACUGCCGCCGUGCGCCACAUGUGCAUCGUCAAGCGCAAGUACCUCGCCAUCGCGUACCUCUACACUGCCAACGCUAUCAAGGUCUGCGAUCAGAAGGACGAAUUCCUCCUCACCCACAAGGGAGACCGCGAGACGGUCGCGGACGAGCUGGAGGAGCUCUCCGAGCGCAUGAAGGACGCGGGUCUUGACGACUGCGCGCACUCGAAGUGCAUUACCGGCCACGUCUGCUGCUGA